UCGCCGACUCCAUGCCAAACAGAUUUGGAACGUUGAACGUGAAGGGUGUGUGCUUACGCGCGACAGCCCUCGUGUGUGAGAUCGCGGAAGCGUGGUGUUUUGGCAGCGACGUAAAAUAUUUCGCGUUAUCGAGGUGCGUAAGCAAAGUGAAACAACGACGCGUGGAAAUAAUUGUGAAGUGAAGUUUAUGAAAGUGCACAUAAUUGUAAGGAGAAAAAAAAGCCUCUAGAAAUUAAUUACACUUAUCGAUUGUGUAAAUAAUCGAAUUUAAUUUAAUACCAACACGCCGUCUUGUUAGUGGGGAAAGUGGAGCAAAAGCCGAAAAUCGAAACGCAGCUAAACUUGAACCUAUUGGCCCUUUAUUCGUGGUCUGCCCUCUUGCAGAUAACGCACGAGCAGACGGCCACAUGUGCUGCAUUUAAUUUUGGGCAGCUCUUGAGAUUGGGGGGCCCCGUUUUCUAAUCGAAAAUUGUACAGAUCAGCAUUCAAAAGCCUUCCCAACGCUGGUUCACUCCUCCGCUUGGUGCUCAAGUGCAGUGUGUUGUGAAUGUGUUUCUUAUCUUUUUGCUCUCGGAGGUAAAAAAAUAACGAACCAUAGCAGGAGUUGUUUAACGUAAGUUCCUGAACCCGGAACAUGAACCAUUAUAACGAUGGAAGAAGAACUCUACACAGUCAGCAGAACCACUCAACAUGAUCGAGUUCCCGCUCAACUAGCAGGGCAACACGGCAGCCAUUCGAUAAGUUGAGCAAAAAAGCACGCUCGCAAGGUGCAUCGGAUAAACUGCUAGCAAACGUCAGCACAAUUUGUUCUGAUCCACCAAGACGAUCGUGUGCCCUUAAAAGCGCAAAGGCCAGUGGAGUAGCAGUGACACGGAGCUCUCCGUCCGGGGCUCAGAAUUACAGCUGAUGUUGAUGCGUUGUUGCUUCAUCGCGCUAUAACCGGUGGGUGUCAGAUUCGAGCCAAGAUCAGGCAGUUAAGGCAGAAGAAGAACAAGAUCCUCAAGACCGUACCGGAGAUCCGCGUUUAUGGAGUGAAGUGUGCUGACGGGUUGCAAAACCGAAAAGUGCACUGUUUGGUUGAUCUGAUUUCGUGUGCAACAGGGAGCGGCUUCUGAGGGACCGACCGGGUAGUGAAUCAUCUUCUCCCUUCCCAGGGUUACCCUCGAGGUAGGCGAUUAGUCCUGAGGAGCUUCUGUUUGUGGUACGCCCUCCUUUUACCCUACCUACCAGAGUGUUUACGGUUUUGUUUGCGUUUGGAGUUUGUUUUUUUUUUUUUGCGUUUGGCCUGACGAGUUUGCAAAAGUGUGUUGUGCAUGCAGUACUAGAGUGCAUUCGUAGAGUGUGCGGUUGUGUGUGUUGUUAGCUUCCCUUGCUGCCCUGGAGCAGCAGCUUGUAGCUGGUGAAGACAUAAAUUGUGCAGAAUAUACUCGCGAUUAGUCACUCGCUGGUGACAUCAGCCUUGUGUGUGUGCCUUGAAUUUUGAACCGGUCGGAAGUUGUCACAAGGACCGAUCUUACGGUCGCUCCAGAAAGCCGUCCCUUUCUCUGGAAUAGAGCUCGAGCGCGCGAAGAAAGGCCUCAAAAUGGUUCUCUGUGACAGUGAUUUAGAUUCCGCGGGCAUCUUGCAGAAGUGGAGCAAGCUACGACGCCGCUGUGCAUCGUUCAAAUCAGUCUCCGGUCCGGCAUCGCUCGAUUCGGACACCAACUUCAUCUUGGCCGAGCAUCCAGGUCACUAUCAGAUCAUCAGUACGGCGACGGGCUCACCGGUUCCGCCUCGUGCCGCUCUCGUGCCGAGCCAGUCGAAGCCACCGUCUCAGCCGCACCAUCAUCACCAUCAUCCACUGUACCACGGACACCACCAUCACCACAGUCCGCAUCAUCAUCAUCAGCUGCACCAUCUGCCACACCGGGCCCAUCCGCACCAUCCGCAUCAUCAUCAGCAUCACCACAGCCAUUUGCAUCAGCAGCAGCAACAUCAGCUCCAUCAUCAUCCGCUCGUCGACUACCCACUGCCGGGCAGUCACCUACUGGACGGACCACCACCACUCGCGUCCGGAUACGAUCCAAAAAACUGGGAACUGCGCCACUCGAGCUCGUCCUCCGCGUCUGCCUCGUCCUCCUCCACCAUCGGUGCACCGCCAGCCAUACCGGCGUCGGCAGGCCUCGGUCUGCCCGGUGACGAGUACUGGCACCACUUUCCGCACGAACCGAGCGAUGUCAAGCUGUGGCGUCUAGGUGCGCACCAGACGUACGCACACCGGAUACACGUGAAUCCGCCCCAGCGGCGCAGUGCGCACAGCAUCGACUGGGAGUAUAACGUGCAGCGGUACGAGAACAUGUGCGACAAUAUGGCACCACCGACCCAGCGUAUCUUCCGCACCGAGAAGCUCCAGUACUACGACGAGCUGGCGGAUGUAAAGCGAACGACCGCGGCGACCGAUGCCGGGGUCGGGACCGGGCUCGAAAGCAGCGGGGGCAUCAAGGUGGCGAAGGAAAUCAAGCUGCCCAGCCUGAAGACGUUCAAGUCGGCGUCGAUGCGUCUGCCGGGACAGAAAUCAUCCAUUCACGAGGUGCAACAAUUGCUGCGCAGCAAGUUCAACCGUAUACAUGCGGGAUUGCGCAAGAGGAGAGCGCUUUCGGUGCAGGAGGUGUUCCAGCUUCCGGGAACUCCGGGACCGGCCGGAGCACAGGCAACACCAACGAAACCCACGUUCUACGUGCCUUCGCCACUCGUGAGCGAACGAACACCACACCGCGGUGUGCAGACACCACGCUACAAUGAGGAAGAUGAAGCCGACGGCACGGGAGUUCCGUUCCUGGACGAGCAAGAGCGACUCGAUCGUCAAGACACGCUUCCUGCUGGCCAGCAGGAUGAAGAUGAAGGCCCCGUCAGCUUACCGUACAUCAGCGAAACGAUGCUGGCAGAUACGGCCGCCUCUGCGAAAAAGGUUACCCUACGAUCGACCGACCACAGUCCAAGCCCGCGCAAGGAACGCACCAAGACCUGGUACCGGAGCAUAGACUUUAAUGCGGCGCUCCAAAAGCUAGACUCCCAGCGACACUCGCUCGACACUUCCGCCAAAGGUACACCAAAGAAACAGCCCGAACCAGAACCGGCCGCUAGGGAGCGUAAUCGGACCACCGACGAGCCACAGCAACCGGCUGCCACCAAACCCAACUUCUCCAUCGGUGGACGCGUUAGCUUGCGCGAACGGGUAGAAAACAUGAACUUGAGUCGAUUGCGCCCUUCGAAGAUGUCUUCCACAUCGUCCGCCACCAGCAACAACGGUAGCCCAGUACCAUCCCCAACACCGGUGGCCGUCGUGAAGAAGCUAUCGGACGCACGCAAGAUACGACCGCGCAGUCACUCGCCGUUGAAAAACAUCAAGAUAAAUCUGUCACCGGUAAAGAAAUCGAACGCUGUGCCCUUGGCUGGUGGUACGCCCGCUGGUGACAAAGCUUCCAGCAAGCGGGAAUCGAUCGGCCUAUUCGGACGGUUGAACCGGAUGAUGCAUCAGCACGGUCUCGGUGGGCUUUCGUCGUCGGGCGAUAAGCCGACGGAUCCGGGCGCUCGCAAGCAGAACGGUAAACCGGGGACGCUCGCGGUCGGUAACGGUGCACCAGCGGCCAAAAAUGGAACCGAGGACGGGUCGGUGACUUCCGCGGUCGGUACACGCACCGGAACCGAUAAGGUAAUCGGUGGCACCACCAACCAUGGCGUCAGCUUCGGUGGGAAUGUUAGUAAACAGUCGACGAUACAGAAGCUGACCCAGCUCAGCAGUUGCAAUCGGCGGGAACAGCAGCAGCAGCAGCAGCAAAUGCAACAGUCAAAGACGGAAACUACGCAGGAACGUGACCGGAAAUCCAAACAGAUUUCCGAGUCCACUGUCAGUAGUAACGGCUUGAUCAAAGCGAACAUCACAUUCGCGGACAGCAGCAGCAACAAGCUUGGGUCGGAUCAUCGGCGCCAUCUAAACCGUCACAACACUGCCAACGAUGAGGAGGACGACGAUGAGGAGGACGAGGAGGACGACGAGGAUAGCAUUGAGGAGAGCAAGUUCUGUACCCUUCCGCGCCACGGUCCGAACGCAUUUACCAUCCGACAGGCUCGCUUUUCGAAAGGCAACGGAGCAAAAGCGCUCGGAUUUUCCAUUGUCGGCGGUAAGGAUUCGCCCAAGGGUUCGAUGGGCAUCUACGUGAAGACGAUCUACCCGAACGGGCAGGCGGCCGAGAAGGGUACGCUGCAGGCCGGCGACGAAGUACUGUCCGUGAACGGGAAGGCAUUCCAGGGCCUGUCGCACCAGGAGGCGAUCAACGUGUUCAAGGCGAUCAAGACGGGCGAGGUGGUGAUACUGAUCGGGCGGCGCAACAAUCGCCGGAAGCUGGAAACACCGUCACCGACCGAUUCGGGCACCGGUACGGCACCACCAUCGACGACCGGUUCGCCCACCAACGCCAUCAUCGCGUGCAGUGACGAUUGAGUGGCUACUAAACAACGCCAUGCUUAGAGCAUUCAUUGGGGAUACUACUGAGCGUGAUUGACACGUGGCUGAGCGCAGAGUGCGAGGAGACGCAAGCCGGGGGAAAAGUUAGGGGAACUAAUGGCAGCGCAAUAUGAUUGAAAUAUUUAAUAUUUUUUCUUACCAAAUACCAAAGGCUUCAAUAUCAAAAAACAAAGAAAAACAGGCACCACACACACACACACACUAACGCUACAUGCUGAGAAUGUAAAAUAUGGAGAAGGAUAUGGUGUGCAUAGAAAAGGGGUCGCCACCCCAGAAAAGGGGAAAAACAAAUUACCAGAUCGCAACAUUCAUCAACGCAAAACCAAAUCGUGUAAAGUGAAGGAGCAACGGAAGACAGCGGACCCAACACAGUCAUGCUGGAGGAUAUCCUUUCUAAUCAUUUAUUGUUGUUUUACGAAUGUAUUUGAAUGGAAAAAUAUAUCUAUUUACUUGUAAA